GACAAGUGUGAAGAGACAAGAAAACAGACAAUUCAAAUAGAGAAUGAGUUUGGACAAAGUAGCACUGGAAUGUAUGAUAGGAAUUUAACUUCUGUAUAAUUGGGUUCAAUCCUUUCUGCCAUUAUUUUCUAUUGCAGCUCUCAUCAUGGAAGAAUUCAAGCCUCCUACAACCAAAAUGCUGUUUCAAAGCGAUAAGAGAUAUCAUGUGUUUCUGAGUUUCAGGGGAGAAGAUGUGAGAAAAACUCUGGUUGACCAUCUCUUUGAAGCUCUCUCCACAGCAGGACUGAAUGUCUUCUUAGACAGUGAGAAGUUGGAAAAGGGGGAAAUUAUUGGGUUGGGCUUAGAAGCAGCAAUCAAGAGCAGUGCCAUACGAAUUCCUAUAUUUUCCAAAGGUUAUGCAAAUUCAGCAUGGUGUCUCAAAGAGGCUGCAGCCAUGGUGAACAGCCCGGGAUUGAUCAUUCCUCUGUUUUAUGAUGUGGAACCAACUCAUGUAAGAUAUCCUGAAAAAGAUACCAGUCCGUAUAAGAGAUCAUUUUUAAAACAUUAUGGCCUUUUAGAUCGAUACCCACGAGAAGAGAUUGAUGAAUGGAAGCAUGCCCUUCAACAGAUAUGUUCUUGCUCAGGCUGGUCCAUGGAUAUAACUGAAGGAUUUGAAGCUCGGCUAGUAAAAAGGGUGGUGAAUGACGUGACUAAGACAUUCGACAGAGUGCCGUUAGAAGUUGCCAAGCACCCUGUGGGACUGGAAAGCGUGACCGAGGAUAUCAUUCAGAAAUUGAAUCUCAAUUCUGUGGAAGGUGUGGUUAAAGUUGGAAUGUGGGGUAUAGGUGGUAUCGGAAAGACCACAAUUGCGAAGGCCGUGUACAAUAUAGUUUAUGGUGAUUUUAAUGCUGCUUCCUUUCUAUUUAAUGUCCGUGCCACUGCUGCAGAUGGCUCAGGCCUUACAAAAUUGCAGAGAAAAAUUCUUAAAGAUGUAACCAAAUAUGGCGAAGAAGUGGACAGUGUUGAUGAAGGCAAAUCUUUAUUGAGAGAUCGUUUGGGAGGAAAACGCCUGCUUCUCAUUCUGGAUGAUGUGGAUGAUGUGGUGCAAUUGAAUGCUUUGGUUGGGGAUUGGCUGGCCCCUGGUAGCAGGGUUAUUAUUACUUCCAGAGACAGACACAUUCUUAAUGUUGCUCGGGUUUCAUCUGAAUGCAUCCACGAGAUGGGCGGAUUGGAGAUAAAUGAAGGUCUCCAGUUAUUUAGUUGGCACACAUUUUUGAGAGCAUCUCCAAGUCCAGGUUACGAAGAUCUGUCCAAAAGAAUAGUGGAAGCUUGCAAGGGGCAUCCUCUUUCACUGGAAGUGAUUGGAUCCUUCUUGUACGAUAAGCAGAAUGAUACAGGUUGCUGGACAGAAGCUCUUCACAACAUUACUCUCAACCCACACAUUCACAAGACGCUCUACAUUAGUUAUAGUGCUCUUAGUGCUGAGGAAAAAGAAAUAUUUCUUGACAUUGCUUGCUUCUUUAUUAGAGAAGACAAAACAUGCCCAUUGAUUUUCUGGAAAUCUCAGUACAAGAUGGUAGACACUGCUAUAUCUAAUCUUUCGAUGAAGUUACUGAUAAAGAUUGAUGAUAAAGGUGUAUUUGAUAUGCAUGACCAUUUGCGAGAUAUGGGGAGAACCAUUGCUGAAAAAGAGGGUACACGUCUAUGGGAGGCUGCCCAUUUAAGAAGCAUAUCCAACAACACCAAUUUCUCUCGCCUUCGACUCAAUGGAGAUAAUCCACAGAGGCUUGAAAUGUUGUACAGACCUGGUCUUCGCUAUCUUCACUUGCAGAAGCUGCAUAUUGAAAACACAAUAGAAGACAUGAUAGGCAUGCUUCCUCCAGGUUUGAUAUGGUUAAGAUUGGAAAGCUGUUAUUUUGCAACUGGGAUGAAGAGAACAAAAAAGAAGCCACAUGGUGCCGGAUUUGUUGAUAGCAUUUGGCAAUUGAAGAUCAUCCUACUAGAUUAUGGUUGUUGCUUUGACGGCCUCUCUACCUUCUCUCUACUUGGGAACCUGUCACAGCUGCAGCACUUGGACUUCUCUGGUUGUCACAUGUUAAAUGAUCUCCCUGAUACAAUUGGCAACCUGUCACAGGUGGAGCACAUGGACUUAUCUGUCUGUAAAAAGUUAAAUAAGCUCCCUGAUACUAUUGGCAGCCUGUCUCAGCUGCAGCACCUGAACUUGUCUGAUUGUCAAAAGUUAAACAGCCUGCCCGAUAGCAUUGGCAACCUGUCACAGCUACACUUCUUGAAUUUGAAUUUCUGUUACAGGUUAAAUAACCUGCCUCCUGCAAUUGGCAACCUAUCACAGCUACAACACUUGGGCUUGAGAAAGUGUGAAAGUUUAAAUAAUCUCCCUGAUACCAUUGGCAACCUGUUAGAGCUGAAGCACUUGGAUCUGGGAGGAUGUGCAAACCUAGAUAACCUACCAGACAGCAUUGGCAACCUGUCACAGCUGCAACAUUUGGAUUUGUCUGGUUGUCGAAAGUUAGAUUUAAUUCCUAAUACCAUUGGCAACCAAUCACAAUUACAAUACUUGAAUUUGAAUUUUUGUUACAAUUUAAAUAACCUUCCAGAUGCCAUUGGCAAACUGGCCCGGCUGCAGCACUUGGACUUGUUUGGUUGUCAAAAGUUGAAUAAUCUCCCUGAUCACAUUGGCAAACUGUCACAACUGAGGCAUUUGGGUUUGAGAGACUGUGUGAGGUUGAAUAAACUCCCUGAUACCAUUGGCAACCUUUUGCAGCUGCAGCACUUGGAUUUGGGAGGGUGUGAAAGCUUAAAUAACCUCCCUGCUACCAUUGGCAACCUGUCACAGCUGCAGCACUUGGAUUUGGGAAAGUGUAUAAACUUAAAUAACCUCCCCGAUAGUAUUGGCAACCUAUCACAGCUGCAGCUCUUGGACUUGAGCUUUUGUUAUGUCUUAAAUAAGCUCCCUGAUACCAUUGGCAGCCUGUCACAGCUGCAUCACUUGGACUUGUCUGUUUGUCAAAAGUUGAAUAACCUCCCUAAUACCAUUGGUAACUUGUCACAUCUGCAGCACUUGGACUUGGGAAAGUGUAUAAAUUUAAUUAACCUCCCUGAGACCAUUGGCAACUUGUCACAGCUGCAGAACUUGGACUUGUCUGGUUGUAAGAAGUUAAAUAACCUUCCCAUAAAUGUUGGCGACCUGUCAAACCUGCAGUUUUUGAGAUUGUAUGAAUGUGAAAACUUAAAGAACAUCUCUGAUACCAUUGGCAGUGGCCACGGCUGCAUUCUUCGAGAUUGAAUAUGUAUAAACCUAAAUAAUCUCUCUGACACCAUUGGUAACCUGUCACAGCUGCAGUGAUACAUGGAUUUGGAAUGGUACACCAGCUCGCAAAGCCUUUUAGAAACCACUCGCAACUUUUCAGAGUUGAAAAAAAAGUUGGAAACUUUUGGGUUGCCAGAGCUUUCACGACACCAUUAUAAACCACCCAAAAUUCUGAUUGGGACUGAAAUUUUCUCAUGGAUCAGUUGGAUUAAAAUUCAGGACCAUCUCUUUGAUGUCGGCGUGCUCUACUACUGAACUAUCAGCCUACUUGGUGACCAAUUCAUUUAUGGUUCGACAUGAUUCAUUUUCCAAGAGGGAUUAUCUCAUCAACUGUAGCAUCAAAGACUCUGAUGGAGCUUCUAGUUUUGCCAGGGCAGAAAUUGAUACAGUCUUGGUCCUUUUAUAUGAGGAUGCCUUUUCGUUGGGUUGCUAAAGUUUUGGAGGAUAGGAGAUUAAAGUCAACCUCAUACCGUUACUACAAUGGUCAAUGGGGGUGCCCUUUCACUGGGGUGCUAAAUUUUAAAGGUUGCGAGAUUGAAGUGCACCUCAUACCACCAGUAUUACAAUGAUCAGUGGUAAACUCUACUUUUGCAUAAACUUAUAUGCAUAAAAUGAAGAAAAUAAAAUAUUAGAAAGGGCAAAUUUUACCAGGCUUGUAUAUUUUUUAUUUCUGCCUUCAACAAUAGACUAUAUUUAUCUGUAUUGAAAUCCAUGCAAACACAUAUUUUGAUUUUUCUAGUUUAGCGACUUCAUUUUAUUUGAUGGUCAGUAGAAUUGAGUUUUCAAUUUUUUUUUAAUUGGACGGGAUUUAAUUUUCCUGGGUACAUUUAUCAUAUUUUUGGAAAAAUAAAAAGAUCAGGCCAGCCUUACAGUUACUGCAAGAAGACUACUCUGAGACAAGCAGGUAAUCUCCAAUAACAAAGAAAUUGUCUUGUUUGUCAUUCAUGGUGCACGGUUAAGAAUUAUUUUUGCUAGACUCCAUUUGUCUUUCGACAGCAGCCAUAGUCUUUAUACAAUCAUCACUAUCAGGCUAUAAAUCACCAAAGCACUGAGCAAUCCUUCAUUCAGCACCUGGUCAUUUCUCGAUCCACCUCAAGCUGCACAUAAGCCUUAUUCUUUUAGGUUUUCAGUUGAUGAAAAAGGAACAAUAAAAUCCGUGGUAGAGUGUUUCAAACAGACUAAAACACGGCAUGUAUCUACCAUGCCAAUAAGUUGGAAAUCAGCAUAAGCUAAGCUAUUUUCUAAUGGAGGUAAGCACUUCUAACUCAAAUAUAUUUUUGAAAUGAAGUUCUUUGUAGCAUUUAACUUUAUUUGUGCCAGGGGUGUAGGGUAUUGAUUGAGGUAAUUUAUAGGUCUAAAAAAAUGUUGAGGCCACUGCUAUUCAAAAUGUUUGAAUGAGAGACAAAUUACUGCCUUUCUGAAAGUUCAUGUCAGCACCCUCGGGAAUGAGAGACGGACAUCUUAAAGAAUGUAUUAUAUAAUGGUUAUCAUUAAAGAUCCAUUUGCAAAAGAAUUUGGACGUAAGCAAUAAACUUGCUUCGAGCCCAGAAACUAAUACAACUUGGGGAACUUAAGCGAAUAUGUGAAACUGGUCUUGGUUUAGUUUCAAAAUGCUACCUGACAAAGCACAUGUUCAAUUUGACCAGGCAGUAUCUUGCAAAUGUUGUUCUUAAAAUUAAAGUUAAGUUAUCUUUGAAGCAGAUGUUACUCACUACACCCUGGUGAAGAUUCCAAUCCAUCAAUAGCAGCUGCAGGUUUUCAAUUUCAAUCUUUAUCUACUGCUGUCCACGGCUCCCACAAUGCACAUAUAAAAAUUACUUAACCCAUUUUGUGGGAUUUGAUGCAAUUACUAGGUUGUGGCUUCUCAAGCUUGGCCCGAAGCCACCAAUUAGACAGGCCUAGUUUGUGCUUAGGCACAUUGACAAGAGCUUAAGCAAGAUUUCUAUAAAGCCUGGGUAGAUUCUGUACAAGUCACUGUAAGUGGAGGCAUGACAUAGAAUGGAUCUCAUCUUGUAUUGGCUUA